AUGCAGAGAAGGCUCAGGAGCGCCUGCGGCCAGCCGAGGAAGAGGACCAGCGGCAUGCUGCAGAGCGGGUUGUGGCCGUGGGCCAUCGCCAGGUGCAUUACCAGCGUCACGUGGACGGGAGCCACUGGCGGCAGCGGCAUGCAGGACAGGACCAGGAGGGUUGUGGACGCGGGCCAUCGCCAUGGGCAGGAAGCGGUCCAGCGCCGAUUCGCGGGACCUCUUGCUCAGCGUCGCGACGAGGAAGGCGACCAUGGGCGAUGCCAGCACGAGCAUGCACAUCAUGGGCCGGUGCAGCGUCGGCAUCUGCAGGGCGGUGAGGCUGAACUUCAGGACCAGGGGCACCGUCAGGAGGUCGCCCACGGAUCUGCUGCAGGAAAUUGGCGACCAGCGGCGGCUCGUUGCCCAUGCAGUUGCCCAGCGGCGUGA